AUGUCGUUGUUCGCAAAUGUUCUAGGGUUCUCCCUCUUCGGCCUUGCCGCCAGGUUUGGCCAACUUGGAAUUCAGAAACGAAAUUUGUUUGAUAACAUGACCGGGCAUGCCGUGUCAAUGGGUGCUUGGGGAGCCUUUGGAUACCUUGCGUGGAGAUGGGACCAGAAAUCUAGUGGUAUCAUUGCGCAGAAGAAAUUAGAGCUGGCAGAACGUCGACAAGCUCGACAAGAGCUUGCGGAAGACUUCGCUGCGACGCAGAUACCGAGCGGUAGUGAGCACUGAACAGACCGGGUCAUCAGCAGACCUAUACCAUCGUUCUGCGGAAUAGAAAUUAUUUGAGAUGCUGUCUACCUAUUGAAAUGAAAUAGUACUACCGUAUAUCUAAGUCCAAAAACCAUCCUAGUCUCCCCUAGGCAGACUCUCAGAUCAAGACACCAGUCUUUACUCUUUGCUCGCCAUGUUUAUCAUGCUGUUU